CUGACGCCGCCGCCCUGCUCGUCAUUCCUGUAAUGGCUGCUUUCUGUCGGGCUGUGUCACUGGUAACCUCUUAGCCUUGGCAUCCGGAGCCCCAGAGAGGGAAUAUUUCACUUUGGAGAGAAUUUUACAUAUACCGCUGUUUUGGAAAGUUCAGCCCUCAAGAUCCCAAAAUCAUGAAUUCAAUUUCAACACAACUGAUCUUAGUCCUUACUUCACUGCUUUUGAUUCUGCCUGUUGUUGAAGCAGUAGAAGCCGGAGAUGCCAUUGCACUGUUACUAGGUGUGGUUCUCAGCAUUACAGGCAUCUGUGCAUGCUUGGGGAUAUAUGCAAGAAAGCGAAAUGGACAAAUAUGACUUUGAAGGACUCUUCUGAAUUUUUCUUCACCCUGACUGCAUUGAAAACCAUUGUGCUCUUGAGGCCAAACCCAAGGUUUGAUCUCUGCUCUUCCCAGUAAGAAAGCUACUGUUGGGAGUGUGAUUCAGCUUCUUAGCUGUUUCCUCAAUGAUGAGAGCAGAUGUGGGGUGGAGGAGGCUCUUAACCACAAAGAGUGCACUGAUUAUGCUAAUUAUGUGGCCUAUCAUUUGUAUUUGCUGCUUGGGAAGGGGUCAAGAUAAGAGCGCUUAAGUUUGUAUAAGUAUUAGUUCAUACUCUCGAAUUAUCAAAGCACAUGAAAUUGGAAGAAGGAAGUGUUUGGUCAGAAUCUAGUAAGUCAACGUUGCUAUUAUAAUCACUGCCAUUUGAAUUCUAGGGGGGGGUCAUUUUCUCCACUUUUUCAUUGUUUUGUUUUGUUUUUUAAUGCUUCUUUUUUUAAUCUUUCCCUAGUUGAUAUUGUGCUUAGAUAUUAAAUUGCCAAAAAUUGAAACUUUUAUGUCAGAGAAAAAGUUUAAUGAAAAUGUACUGAACAUAUCUAAUACUAAAAUGAAAAAAGAUUUAUUAAAAAAUAACUUUAUGUUAAUUGAAUAAUAUCUCCUUUCUGAGAAGUACUGUAUUAAAUAUGUAUCUAUUAUGCCAUCAAUUCAUGUAUUUUUAAUCUGCUUAUAUCUAUGUGUGGACUGAUUAUUUAUAAGCUAAGUGUAGAGGGACUUACUACUUUACCUUAAAGGAUCACAGUGGAUGAGAAACAGGCAUCUUUGAGAUAGGAGAGGCCUCUGGGAAAAAAAAUCCAACAAUACAAAAGGAAAUGUAUUGACCUGCAUUGAUUUGUACACCAGCUAAAAGGAUGUACCUUGUUUGCCUUAGUAAUUCAAAGAGUCCCAAAACCAACAGAUUACAGAGGUUUUAAAUUCACAUUGUUGGGCCAUGGACAAAAGUCAUGGGUUAGAAUCUGUAUUUGAAAUAUCAUGAUAGGGUCAAGAAAAACUACUCAGACCUGUUGGUACUCAGGAAUCUCUUCAGGGCUUUAUGUUCCGGACACAACGUUAAUUCCUAAGUUUCAGUCUGUAGAAGUAGGGAGAGUGAGACCUGGAGCUCCAUGCUGCUUGACAAGAGUCUCCAGCCCUGUAUUUAAGUCAGAAGAUUCAGCCAGAAAGAAUUAGUCUCGUAAAUCAAACUAACCGAUAUUUUCAAUGAGAGUAGAUAAUCAAGUUGUUCUCCAAAAUGCAUUAUCCAAUCUCUCUUCGUCUAGAGAACCUUAAGAGCCUUGACUUGUGUCGGGAAAGAGGCUGUGCAAAUAAAAUCCAGUAUAUAGAUCCUUUUCCCAAAUGAACUGACGGGGCCUGCCUGAGAGUUUUGUUAACGGUGAAAGGUAGUGAGGAAUGCUUGCAUUACAAAGACAUGGAAACCAAAUCUGUUUACUGCUUUUACAGGUAUUUUAUCUUUUCACCAGAGAAGACACCAACAGUCUUGAUUUGGGUAAACUGGCAUUUAAUAAAACUCAUUGUGCAUGCUUAGGAAAAAAAAGAAUGAUACAGGUGGCAGGGUUAGCUGUCAUCUUUUCUACACCAGCUCACUGAAGCUGACUUAGAGAGAUUGCUCUCUCUUCCUUGCAAGUCUCAACUUUUCUGUGAUGGGAAAACAUCUAGUGUAAGGCAUAUUUUAAGUCGCAGUGCUUUAGUCACCUCCAGGAACUAUUUUUAUAAUAUUCAAAAUAAGAAUACAGGAAAGCAGUGUUUACCGGCAGUGUGUUUCCAAAAGUACUCCAAAAAACUGUUUUCAAAACCUGCGUUUCCCAUUUUAGGCUUAGAAGCAGAGGUAGGGGGAUAUGCUUUCUAAAAAUAGCUUUACUGGGCCAUGGAGGUGACGUAGUGUUUGCAUUUAAGGUGUUUGCAUUCAGUGAUGACCUGAGCUUGAUCCUCAGAAUCUACAGAGUGUAAGAAGAGAACCAACUCCCACAACACUCUGAAGUCCAUACCUGUUCCAUAUUACCUGGGCAUGCUCCCCACCUCUGACCUAGAUACUAAAUAAUUAUUGUUUAAUGUAAUUUUAAAGGAGGGUAGGGAAGAAUUGUCAUUUGGUUUUUUGUUUGGUUUUUUUGUUUGUUUGUUUGUUUGUUUUUACUUAGGCUAUAUUAUUUUGCCUAAAAACAAACCUGAGCUAGGUGGAUGGCUCUGUUGAUAAUAGUGCUUGCUGUACAAUCAUAAAGAUAACACCCACAUAAAAACCUGGUGCUGUAGCACAAGCCUAAAAUCCCUACCCCGGGGAUACAGAGACACGUGUAUCCUGGGGCUUGCUGCAUACCCACAAACCAAUUCACUGAGUUCUGAGUUCAGUGAGAGGCCCUGCUCCCAAAAAAUAGGCAUGGCAUAAGAAAGUCCAGUGUGUUCUGCCUUCCAUAUGUGCACACUCAUAAGUACCACACACAAAAUAACCGAAAAGAAAGUCUGAUGAUGGAUAUUAGUUUCAUAAAAUUUGCAGAGCUAAAGCCCAUCUAGGAAGCAACAGUUACAAUUUUCUUGGAUUUUGUUGUUGUUGUUGCUGUUCCUUUGUCCUUAAGUUCAGAUUCUUUCCAAUUAUACAGUUCAUUACAUUGCUUAUAGAGAAUACCUUUCAAGCUGCAGUGAGAGAAGCAGGGUUGACAGCUAGCUGUCCCUCAGGUACCUGGCACAAUGUCUGAUGUCUGAUAAAUGUUCUGCUACUUAGAUAACCUGAGUUCAGUUAAAAAGCAGAAACAAUAAAUAAAGAACUUAAGGUCCUUGACAGUAUUUUUGUUAUUUCUGCUUCACUGCUUUCAAGACUUUAUUUUUACUCUUCAGAAGGUGGGAUAUAAUGUAUGUUGUCCUGGGGAUCUUCAGUUUAUUCUAGAUUGGGGCUUUUCAGAGUUCUUAAAUUUAGAUGUUUUUGGGGGAAAAAAAUAGGAAAAUUUUGUCCACUAUUUCUUCAAAUACUUUCUCAGCCUGACCACUUCUCCUUUCAUGUUAGUACUACAGUGGCCCAAUAGUAGAUAGUUUGUUGGAGACCUAGCAGUUUAUUAGUCUUUGUUCUGUUGUUCAUACUGUGUAAUUUCCAGUGCUGUAGCCUCAGAGUUAUAACUCUACAAUUGUACUCAUUUCAAUUAAAAUGUUAUCAUUUGCUUUA